AUGACGUCCGAAGAUAUUUCUUGGAGGACAUCGUGGAAGAGCUUCGGUGGCAACCCAGCAGCGUCGAGGAGGUCGCCGCCGGCGUUGCUCGGACGGCGAGCGAAAACGGGCUUCUUGGAUCCCGAGGGCCGUUACUCUCAGGCCACGUUGCUGGCGCUUCGAUCCAUUCCUGAGAGUUUAGUGCCCUUCCAGCUGAUCUCCGCAGUACUGAAGUGGGUCGAUGGAUGGCGAAUGCCCGGCGGCGUCUUGGUCUUUCUCCCUGGAUGGCAUGAGAUCGCGACGUGCAUGUCACGCAUGCAACGGGACCCGGCGUUGCGAGGCUAUGAGUUCGUGCCCUUGCACAGCUCGGUGCCUCCCAACGAGCAGUACAAGGCCUUUCAUCCUGCCAGCAGCGGACGCAAGGCAAUCCUGAGCACUGACAUUGCUGAGACCUCCAUUACUAUUCCAGACAUCAUUUGCGUGGUCGAUACUGGCCUGGCCCGGGUGAAGAAGCAUACCAACCUCGAGGUGGUGUGGGCCAGUCAAGCCAACCUCCUGCAGCGCUGUGGGCGUGCAGGACGCGUGCAGCAUGGCAGUUGCGUCCACCUCUUCACCCGGUCCCGCUUUGGCCUCCUGGAUCCCGAGCCCACUCCCGAGAUGCGCCGUGUGCCCCUGGAUGAGGCUAUGCUGAGCGUUUGCGAUUUGGGCUUAGACUUCUGUAAGGCGGAGGAUGUGAGCCCGCAAGAGUUGGAGGAGACCGGUCCUUGCGCCUAUGUGAUGUCCUUCCUCAAGCAAGCUCCGGAUCCACCGGAGCCCAAGGAUGUGCGCAGCGCCUUCCGGGAGCUGCAGCAUGUGGGCGCUCUGGACCGCGCUGGCUUCCUCACGCACUUGGGUGCCUUGUUGGUGCGUUUGCCCAUGUCUCCAGGCCUUGGUUGUGCCUUCUACUUGGCGUCGCUCUUGGGCUUUCCAGAGGCCGCCAGCCAGGUCUGUGCCGCCUUGGAUGGCCGCGAGCCCUUUGGCCGACGACCGAACGAGGAGUCGGGCGCGCGGCGCUUCGCCGCGGGCUCCGACGGAGAGAAGCGCUGGAGCGACGUCUUCGCCAUGGCCAAAGCCCUCGGAGACUUUGAAUGGGCUUGCAGGCAAUCAAGCACCUAUGCUGGACGCUUCUGUCGGCAGUUUGGCCUCAUUCAACCGGUGCUGCAACAGUUGCAAAGCGCGCAGCAGCAGCUGAAGAGGGUCUCCUGGGAUUUGUGCAGACCCUUCUGGAACUGGAACUGGAACGACGCAGGUGACGAGGGUAGGGACAGCUUGGAAGAUGCCUGGCCCAUCCUGCAGACCAUGCUGACCUUCGCGUACGGCUGGAACAUGGGCAAAUUGGAGAGUGGCCGCCGGGUGCACGCCGGCUGGUCCAAGCCCGCGCGGCUGGCAAAGACCUCGGUCUUGGUGGACGAGGAUCCUCCAUGUCAGUUCCUGACCUAUGUGGAGCUCACCAAUAGCGGAGGAAGGAUGUUGCGGGGAGGUACCAUGGUGACACCACAGCAGCUGGUCUUUUGUGGAAGCCGUGCAGGGCCCUUCUGGCAAGAGGACAUGGUGGUCCUCGAGAAUUGGCUGGAGAUCGAGGCGGACUUCGAGUCAGCAGCCUUGUUGGCAGCCUUGCGGAGCUGCAACCGUCUGGUCUUGCAAAAGGUGGCGGAGCUUUCUUUGCACGAUAUGAAGGGCGGUUGGGUGGAAUGGACGCCUGAGCGCGAGAGAUUGCUUGAGAUGAUUCAGAAGUGGAAGAAUUGCAUCAUUCAAGUCGCAAGGCUGCCCCUUCCAGAGAAGAUCUCCGUCUGGGAUAUGAACAUCAAGUCCUCGACGCCUCCGCCAUGUGUUCUUCCCCUCGCUCUAGUCCCACUAGUGCCUGAUGAGCCGGACAUAUCGACCGCCACGGUGGAUCCAUGGAGCGGAAGCUGGGGUGAGAGUGAGUCAGCAGAAGCUCGUGUUGUUCAGUCAUCCCCCGCCAUGCACCCACCAUCUUCACAGAGUUCACAAGUGCCAUGGGCAAUUUCGAGCACUUCACUCCAAGCUGGCACAACACCUCAAGACCAAUUUGCGCAGCCAAUGCAACAUAUUGGAGUUACAAACGCUGCUACAGGAUCUUCUUGGGGCGACUACGCGAGGAGUUCCUACAAGCAAGAGGUAACUCAAGUGCAGUCCAUAGCACAAGCACCAUCCCAUCAGUCCUGGACGGCUUACACUUCAUUCCAAGCCCCAGCACUUUCUGCUACUGAAACAUCGCAACUGUUUGUUGAGAUGCCGAAGUUGGCAUCUCACCAAAAGCCGCCGCAGCCAAUGCAACAACUUCCCGUUGCACAUGGGCCUUCAGCCACACAAUUUUCCCAACCCCAGUGGAGCAAUAGCACAACAGACUGCGCCCCUGCAAGAUCUUCUUCGGACGACUACGCGAGGAGUUCCUACCAGCAAGAGGUAACUCAAGUGCAGUCCGUAGCACAAGCACCAUCCCAUCAGUCCUGGACGGCUUACACUUCAUUCCAAUCCCUGGCACUUUCUGCUACAGAAACAUCGCAACUGUUUGUUGAGAUACCGAAGUUGGCAUCUCACCAACAGCCGCCGCAGCCAAUGCAACAACUUCCCGUUGCACAUGGGCCCUCAGCCACACAAUUUUCCCAACUACAGUGGAGCAAUAGCACAACCGACUGCGCCCCUGCAAGAGCUUCUUGGGACGACUAUGCAAGGGAUGCAUCCAAGCAAGAAUCAAGAUCCCCGCAGAUGACAUUGCCAACUUCAGUACCAUCCAUAUCACAACAUGCGUCAUGCCAACAGUCCUGGGGAGAUCACAUCUCAAUUCAAGCCCCAGCUGUCUCUGCAGAAACAUCACAACCACAGCAGUCCUGUACUGUAAACAGUUCAUCCGAGAGGCAGGCAUUUUUCCGGAAUGAGAUACAUGGCCAUGGUUUGGAGUGGUCGGCAUCCCAAUCGUUCAGAGAGAUGCCAAGGGUAUCCCACCAAAGUUUGUCUGUGGAUAUGGCAGCUUCAUCCGCUGAGUCAGUUCGCAUUCCAGUGGAGCGACAGCACAAUGCAUCUUCUUGGGAUGAGAGAAGCAACUGA